GUUCUUACCUACUUCGGCGUAUUUUUAUUUUUUAACGUGUUUAAUGUAUAUUAAAUAAAUUACAUAUUACUAUGUUAAGUUUUAAAAAUAUAGAUUUGUAAUGAUUAACUACUAUAGUGUUUAUUAUCAUUCCAUUGUUGUUUCUAUUAAUUUUAACAUGCAAUAAACACCUCUGGGCUAUGCUCUGUUAUCUUAAGCAAACGUUUUAUUAUUAUCAUUUCCUUCACAUAGUAUCAGUAUUAGUAUUUAUAAGGGAUCCCUGGUAGCAGGUUGUGUGAAAAAUUAUAAAAAUGAAGUUUGCGGAGCACUUAAGUGCACAUAUCACCCCUGAAUGGAGGAAGCAGUAUAUAAACUAUGAGGAGAUGAAAGCGAUGCUCUAUACAGCGGUAGAAGAAGCGCCGUCUGCUGAAAAUGUUGAGCCAGAAGUACUUAGCAGACACUUCGCCAAUUUUGAUGAGACAUUCUUUCAUUACUGCGAUGAGGAGCUCAAGAAAAUCAACACAUUUUAUUCGGAGAAGCUAGCAGAGGCUACACGGAAAUAUGCCACGUUGCAGAGCGAGAUGAAGUCUCGAUUUGAGACGAUCAAGCCGAAGAGCGGCGGCGAUAGCAGGAAGUCGGUACCGCGGCGCAAGGUUCAGGAGCUGAAGCUGGCCUUCAGCGAGUUCUACCUGAGCCUGAUACUGUUGCAGAACUACCAGAACCUCAAUUACACCGGCUUUAGGAAAAUAUUGAAGAAACAUGAUAAGUUAUUAAAUGUAAGCAAUGGAGCUGGGUGGCGAGCUGAACACGUGGAAACCUCACACUUUUACACCAACAAGGACAUAGACAGGCUCAUCAGCGACACAGAGGCAACCGUCACCAACGACCUGGAGGGCGGUGAUCGGCAGAAGGCGAUGAAGAAGCUUCGAGUGCCACCUCUGGGCGAACAGCAGAGUCCCUGGACGACGUUCAAAGUUGGACUGUUCUCUGGGUCCUUUAUAGUUUUGGCUAUCUCUGUCGUUUUAUCGGCGCUAUAUCACGAGGGAGGAACAGACCACUUCAAGACCGCGUUCAGAUUAUACCGAGGUCCUUUCCUACUCGUCGAGUUCAUAUUCUUAAUAGGCAUCAACGUGUACGGCUGGAGAAGUUCCGGUGUGAACCACGUCCUCAUCUUCGAGCUGGACCCGAGGAAACAUCUCUCGGAGCAGCAUUUAAUGGAACUGGCUGCUAUAUUUGGCGUUGUCUGGGCGCUAAGUAUACUCAGCUUCAUAUACAGCGCUAGUCUGAGUAUACCACCUUUUGUGAAUCCGCUAGCGCUCGUCGUCAUCAUGCUGGUGUUUCUGAUGAAUCCUCUGCGGGUGUUCAGGCACGAGGCGAGGUUCUGGUUCCUGAGGAUAUGUGGUCGAAUUUUAGCAGCGCCCUUCGUGCCUGUGUUAUUUGCCGACUUUUGGCUGGCGGACCAGUGGAAUUCUUUUGUCUAUGCUUUCUUGGACUUCCAUUAUCUGAUCGCGUUCUACGUGUCGGGCUCUGAUUGGUUCGUCGGUAACAGUAAGGACACAGUGGAUCCAACGUUAGCUCAAACUAUGAUCUACGAUGAGAAUAUACUACAUAGUUUCGAGACAAGCAAGUGGUACCUGAUAUCCCGGGCGCUGGUCAACAUCGUGCCGGCCUGGACCAGGUUCUGGCAGUGUCUGCGGCGGUAUCGCGACAGCAAGGAGGCCUUCCCGCAUCUCGUGAACGCCGGGAAAUACUCCACCACAUUCUUUGUGGUACUGUUCUCCACGAUGCGAACUGUUUAUGGCUCGAGCUACGCCGAUCCUUACGACAACCCGUUCCUGUACGCGUGGCUGGGCUGCCAGCUGGUGUCGUCGUGCUACACGUACACGUGGGACGUGAAGAUGGACUGGGGCCUGCUGUCAGUGGGUGCGGGUGCCGAGAACGGUUUGCUGCGCGACGAGAUCGUCUACAGCGUCGGGUACUACUAUUUCGCGAUCAUUGAGGAUCUCGUUCUGCGGUUCAUCUGGGCGCCGGCCUUCCUGCUCACAGAGAACAAGAUUGUAUCUCCGGACACUAUGGUCUCCAUCAUUGCGCCGUUGGAAGUUAUCAGGCGAUUCAUCUGGAACUUCUUCCGUUUGGAGAACGAGCACUUGAACAACUGCGGAAAGUUCCGCGCCGUCCGCGACAUCUCCGUGGCGCCGCUCGACUCCUCCGACCAGGCGCUCAUUAUCAAGAUGAUGGAGCAUCCUGACGGGGUCCAGAACAGGUUAGCAAAAAAGAAGAAUUUGAAGAAAGUGAAGGAGAUUGAUAGAAAACCGCUGCUCAAGAAGGAAUCGAUACAAGAGCUCCACUUAGACUUAGACUUGUCCACCAAAAUGUUGUAACCAACUGUGAUACCUACUACCUAGUAUACAUUGUUUUGUUUGUAAGCGAUAUUAUGAGUAUUAUUCAAUAUAUUUUAUUAAAUCGACA